AUGCCGAAUACAGCGAGCGCUUCAGCGUCAGACUCGGCAGCGCCGAAUUCGCUGACCGCGCUUAUUCACAAUGCCGCUCCCACCGCCGAAUCAUCCUUGUCGGCGGAAGCGCUUUCAGACAAGCAGGUCGCCUCUUACAUCCGCUCGCUUUCCAACUUCAGCCUGGUCGACCUUCGAACUCAGCCGCAGCAGCUUCAAACAAAAUCCGAAGCCCUUCAUCGGCAGCUUUCGCAACUUUGCAUCUCCCAGACCGAUGCCUUCAUCCACAUACACCAAGCUGAGCAGCAGUUUGCACCUUCUCUCACCACGUUUGCAAAUCGCCUCGAGGAUCUCAUAGUCCAUACCUUGCCCCAAUUACAAGAGGCCACCGAAGCGUUCGCAUCUGCUAGCAAACCAGUGCUGGCCGAGCGAGAGCGUGUCCAGAAUGUCGUCGAUCAGUACGAGCGCGGUCACCUCUCCGACCUUCUCGAAAUACCUCCUCUCGUGCUCACCUGCGUAAGGUCGGGUCAUCACUCGGAUGCAAUCCAGCUUGCAGAGUAUCUCGCUGGGCUGCUUGAGUCAUCUGCCUCACAUGGCAGUAUCGGUUCAGCAGAUGGCCAUUCUUUGUCCAACGUCAACAAGCCAAGCGAACAGCGCAACACCUACCUUUCUUUGCUCAUCGAGACUUUAUCACAUCUCGCCGUCAUGAAGACCGAUCUCAUCUCGAGCUUCUCCAAGCCUGGCCUCAAGCUACCUGCUGCUCUCAAAUCCACUGGCGUCCUUCGCAGACUUACCCAUUUCGAGAGGGCGCUUCCGCGCCUGGCAGAUUGGCACACGCUCCAACAGCACCACAGUGUUCCCCAUCUGAGCAUGAGCGAGGCUCAGCUGUGCCUCGCUUUCCUCAAGUCAAGAAUCCGCUCUUUCCACUCAGCGCUGGAUGCCAUGGGCUCUUCUUCCUCCUCGUCCAGCCAGACGUUCCUGCGAAGAUACAUCGACCUAUGGCGCGAAGAGAUGACCGACACCUUGAGUAUGGCCUUUGCGCUCUUUGUCGACACCGAUCCACAAGGCACUCCACAUCACGCUGAUGAUGCAACGACAUCAGACAUGGUCACGCCCGCCUAUCUUAUCUCCUCCUUUGCCACAUCGGGCUUCGAGCGACUGCGCGAUACCAUCUCCACCCAGCUCGUUGCUUCCGUACAAGCGACUCAAGCAUCGUCUUCUGGACACUCUGCCUCCCUCUCGAGUCUCGAGACGCUCGCCGAACUGUUCGCCAACGUCCAUACCCAGCUCAGCUACGCUUCGGCAUCCUUGACACGAUUCGGAUUCGAUUUUGGAACGCUCCUCUGUGCCCCGUCUAGCAACGCCUCUUCAGACUCAUCGAUACAGUCACUGAGCACCAUCGAAGCUACCUGGCUCGACGCUCUCACCCGGUCGCUCGAUCAAGCCUUCUCACCAUCCCACGCGCUGUUCGACCAGAACUUGAAAACCAGCGACGCAACUUUGCCUUCUCAAUGGCUUUUAUCAUCUCAACUGCCCGCCUCCGCAUUGGAGAACCUCUUCCAAGUAUCUACCACCGAUCCCACGUCGUACGACGACUUUUCACGGCCAAACAUCGAGCUCGUCGACUACCCUCCACUCGGGAAACUGCUCAACCGUCUACUGGAGUGGAUCAACGCAUUGCAGGUGUUUGCACCGACUGCUCUCGCACCGCUUCUCCUGCGGCUAUUCGAUCAACACUUUGCGCGUCUUUCGCGACGUUUGCUGUCCGAGGUUUCCGAGGCUAUCACCCGUGUGGAUGCUGAUACGGUAGCGGCGGAAAGACUGUUGAGCGAUGGGGAAGCGCAAAGUCUUUUGCAACAUCUCGAUCAGGAAGAGAAACGAGAGUUGCAGACGCAGCUGGUUCGCGAUCGCGAGAGCGUCAUCUUGAUCAAAGUGCUCGAGAUGUGGCAACAUUCUGUCGUCGAUUGGACGCGAAACGUUAUCGCCUCGCAGAUCUACGAUACCGAAGUGGAUGCCAAGGGUGAGGUAGAUAUUGCGUGGGCGGAAGCGAAGGAUUGGAUCGGCGAGACACGAACAAGGAUUGUCGAAUCGAACAAGCAAAGACGGCAAAAUGCGGCGAGCAAGAAAAAGAAGGUAAAUGAGGAUCUGGCUCGAGAGAAGGCCGAAGCUGAGGAGAGGGCUCGUGUCGAGGCUGAGGAACGGGCCAAACGUGAGAAGGAGGAGGAGGAACAAAGAAGGAAAGCGGAGGAAGAGGCAAGAUUAAAGUCGGAAGAGGAAGCCAGACUGAAAGCUGAAGAAGAAGCAAGGCUGAAAGCUGAAGAAGAAGCAAGGCUGAAAGCUGAAGAAGAAGCAAGGCUGAAAGCCGAAGAGGCGCGCCUCAAGGAGGAAGCACGACUUCAAGAAGAAGCCCGACUCAAGGCAGAGGAAGAAGCUCGCGUCAAAGCUGAAGAAGAGGCGAGACUCAAAGCCGAGGCCGAAGCAAAGGCAAAAGAUGAAGCCGAAGCAAGAGAAGCAGCCAGAUUGAAAGCUGAAGAGGAAGCACAGCUGAAGGCCGAGGAGGAAGCGAGGCUCAAAGCUGAGGAGGAAGCGAGACUCAAAGCUGAAGAGCAAGCGCGGCUCAAAGCCGAAGAGGAAGCAAAGCUCAAAGCGGAAGAGGAAGAGCAAACAAAACUCAAAGCACAAGCUAAAGCUGAGGCUGCGGCUGCGGCUGCAGCGGAAGCUGCAAAGGCCGAGGAAGCGGCGCGACUCAAAGCUGAAGAGGAGGCCAAAGUCAAAACCGAAGAAGAGGCCAAGUCAAAAGCCGAGGAGGCAGCAAAAGCGCAGCAAGAAUCUGAAGAAGCAGCCCAUGUCGCAGCCGAAGAUGUCGCCGUGGCGAACGCUGCUGAUGACGUUCCAUCCACCAAGGCUGGAUUUAAAGUAUCCGCCGUCGGGAUCGGAAACGCAGCAGAGCCGACACAGCAGCCAGCAAACGACGACACUGACCGUUCCCGGACGAGCGAAGCAAAGGAAGAAGCGCUCGAUAAGAACGCCCAACCCGCACCUUCUGCUGCAGCGCCAAAGAAGUUCAGUUUGGCCGAAAAGCUGCGUCUACGCAAAGAGGAACGCGAUCGAGCUGCUGCAGCCGCUGCCGCUUCACAGAAGCCAAAGGAGGAGGUCGCGGCUGCUGAGGAAAGCAUCGACGCUGCACCUACUGCUGUGGCUGUACCUGCCAACACAUCCGAUGAGACGACGACGACGAAGAAUGGGGAGGAACACGGUGAUUCAACAGCGAAUGCCGCGGUGUCGGCGACGACAGAGGACAAGGAGCAGUCUACCUCCUCACCCGAUGCCACCGAAGCCGUUGGGGAAGACCCUGCAGACGAAGGCGAAGACGAUGCCGACGAUGCCGAAGAUAACGGCGACGGAGACGGCAGUGGAACCAAUACGCCAGCCACGCCUACAACGCCGAAUCCUGAAGCAACACCCAGUAGCGGUGCGGCCAAGAAGAAGAAGAAGAACAAGAAGAAGAAAAAGUAG